AUGUACAUCGGAAUCCUCAAAGGAGACGGCAUCGACCCCGAGAUUACUCGGGCGACGCAGCUAGUCCUCGAAGCGACUGGAAUUCCUAUCGAAUGGAAAGAAUUUUCUGUUGGUGAGGAGGCUAUCAAGAUUUCUGGACAUCCUCUACCUCUUUCGACGGUCCAACAGCUCCGCGAAGUCAAAUACUCCAUAAAGGCCCCUUUCAUCGUCAAUAAGCUCGAGGGACGCAUCCGUUGCACCCAGCCUAACGGCUCUGAGAUUACAUACCCUUCUUUCAACAAUGCGGUCCGUCGGGAAUUGGGUUUGUUUGUCAACCCACGACCUAUCAAAGGAUUCCCAGGAAUUUCAGGCAGAUAUGAAAAGCUCGACGUGGUUAUCAUGAGAGAGAUCACAGAGGACAUUUACAUUGGCCACGAGCAUAUGAUCGGGAAUGAUAUAGCCGCCGAGGCAAUCAAGUUGACAACUCGGGCCGCCGCUACGAGGGUAGCCACAUAUUCAUUCGAGUAUGCCCGCCAACACGGUCGCAAAAAAGUGACGUGUCUUCAUAAGGCCAAUGUCCUGAACUACACGGAUGGGCUGUUUCUACGCUGCUUCGGGGAAGUCAGCAAGGCAUACCCGGAUAUUGAGGCCGAUGACAUGAUGAUUGAUGCAGCUUGUUAUACGAUGGUUCUUGACCCUACUCGUUUUGAUGUCAUCGUCACUGCGAAUCAAUAUGGCGACAUUCUUUCCGACUUAGCUGCUGGCAUGAUAGGCUCUCUUGGUCUAGCACCUGGAAUGAAUAUUGGCGAUGGCAUAGCCACCUUUGAGGCUUGUCAUGGUGCUGCUCCAGAUAUUGCUGGCAAGGGUAUUGCAAACCCACUCGCACUGAUCCUGAGUGGUGCGGAGCUUUUGAGAUUGGCAGGCUAUGAGAGAGAGGCUAAAGCAGUGCGUGAUGCCGUUUGCGCGGUUGUUGAGGCGAAAGUAGACUUAACCCCAGAUUUGGAUGGAAGAGGCACGACGGCAUCGGUGACUGCAGCAGUGAUAGCUAAUCUCACAGGACUUCCACGUUCAGAACACAUCUAG